CCUCGGCAGACUGCCGCGGCCUGCCUCCCUGCUCGCUCCCUGCCCCUCCGCGGGAGCCCGCGAGCAGGCCGGCUGGGCCAGCAACAAGUGCGGAGGCAGGCGAAGCGAGCGAGCGGAGAGGAGAGAGGGGGAGGGCGGGCGAGAGAGCGAGCGAGCGCUGACGUCAGCGAGCGGAGUAUUAUGGUCUGGGCUGCGUUGGCCGCCGCCGCCGCCGCCGCCGCUUCUCUGCUGCCAGCGGCCGAGUAAACAUGGAGCUCUCCGCCGUGGGAGAGAGGGUGUUCGCGGCCGAGGCCUUGCUUAAGAGACGCAUCCGCAAAGGUCGCAUGGAAUAUCUCGUGAAAUGGAAGGGCUGGUCCCAGAAGUACAGCACUUGGGAGCCUGAAGAAAACAUUCUAGAUGCUCGCCUGCUUGCAGCUUUUGAGGAAAGGNNNNGAGAAAUGAACCUUUAUGGUCCCAAGAAACGAGGUCCCAAACCGAAAACCUUCUUGUUAAAGGCCCAGGCAAAAGCCAAAGCUAAAACCUAUGAAUUCCGUAGUGACUCUGCUAGGGGAAUCCGGAUGCCUUACCCAGGAAGGUCCCCCCAGGAACUGGGUUCUACUUCCCGGGCUAGAGAAGGACUGAGACAAAUCCCCCUGCCCCCUCAAAGCAGCUCCACCACUGUGACCACCAAUACCUCCCGAGUGGAAACAAUUCAGGAGAGCAGGGUUGGGGUCGAGGAGGACCGAUCAGAAGGAGCCUUAAAAAAGCGAGGCCCAAAGCCCAGGAAAGAGCUUUACAAAGACCUGCCUGAGCCUGCUGACCUGGCCUCCAAGAGAAAAUCAGUGGAACCAGGGGACAAGGUGGUGGUGGAUUACCUAAAAGCCAGGAAGUUGGAAGAGGCUGCAAACCCUGGUACAGCCAAGUUUAGUUCGGGACAUAGUGUGAUCCAGUUAGCCCGGAGACGGGAGCCAGAAUUACCCAGUACUGUUUCCGGUUCCAGAGCAGAAGCUGGCAUGAAGCUGGGAGCACCUGAGACUUACCCACCCAGGCUUACCAAGCACAGGGCUGAUUUCCUGGAUCCAAAGGGGCAAAGCGGUUUGGAUUUGGGUGCCCCUAAGAUCUUACACAGUUCUGCAAACCAAGGCAGUUUAUACCGAGAUGGGCUAGGGACCCAGGCUGGCAGGCCUUCCCUCAUCGCUCGCAUCCCCGUCUCCAGGAUUCUUGGGGACCCUGAAGAAGAAGCUUGGAGCCCAUCUCUCAACAACUUGGAGAAAGUGGUUGUGACUGAUGUGACCUCAAAUUUCUUGACAGUUACCAUUAAGGAGAGCAGCACAGACCAAGGGUUCUUUAAGGAAAAGCGAUGAAUCCAUUUGGAGAAGAGGAGGCAUUUAAAGUAUUUGGUAGAGCUUGAUUGGUUUUGGAUUUUUUUCUUGGACAGAACUGAAAAAUCUGUCCUUAAUUAUUCUUUUAUUCCUUCCCUUUCA